UUGAAGUUGCCCACUCCUCCUGUACAAAAUGGCUUCUAGUCAAAACAAGAGUAACACGUUGUAGAGGAGCUGGGAGUCAGAGGAGAGCAGAGGUCUGACUCGGAGAGUCUGCUGGACCCGGACAGCUCUGGACUUUAGCUGCAGAGCUCCGCGGGAGGAACGCGAGCGACGAGUCCUCGCAGCAGCCAUGGACACCACCAGCUCUCUGAAGAUGACCGCUGUGGCUGUUCAGAGCAUCUUCAGCCACAUUGAGGAAGAGAACUUGUCGGCCGUUCGAGCCUACCUGGACAAAUACCGGGAAGUGGACAGCAGGAGUGAGAAUGGGCAGACUCCUCUGAUGGCUGCAGCUGAGCAGGGCAGUCUUGAGAUUGUGCAGGAGCUCAUCAGGAGAGGAGCCAACGUCAAUCUGGAUGAUGUAGACUGCUGGACUGCACUGGUUUCUGCUGCCAAGGAGGGCCAUGUAGAAGUGGUGAAAGAGCUGUUGGACAACAAUGCAAAUGUGGAGCAUAGAGACAUGGGCGGCUGGACCGCUCUGAUGUGGGCCGCCUAUAAGGGUCGCGUGGAAGUGGCUCGUCUGCUGCUGGAGAAGGGAGCGAAUCCCAGCAUCACUGGACAGUACAGUGUAUACCCAAUCAUUUGGGCAGCCGGCCGAGGCCACGCAGAGAUCGUGCGGCUGCUUUUACAACACGGCGCUAAAGUCAACUGCUCUGACAAGUAUGGCACCACAGCGCUGAUCUGGGCAGCCAGGAAAGGACAUUAUGAAUGUGUUAUGCACCUGCUGGAGAACGGCGCCAAUGUGGACCAGGAAGGAGCGAACUCGAUGACGGCUCUGAUCGUGGCGGUGCGUGGUGGAUAUACUGAAGUGGUGAAAGAGCUGCUGAAGAGAAACCCCAAUGUCAACAUGACGGACAAGGAUGGUAACACGGCGCUGAUGAUCGCUGCCAUCGAGGGCCACACUGAGAUAGUGGAGGACCUGCUGGACGCAGACACAUAUGUCAACAUUCCUGACCGGAGUGGAGACACAGUUCUAAUUGCAGCUGUGAGAGGAGGCCACGUGGAGAUUGUCCGAGCUCUGCUACACAAAUACGCUGAUAUUGAUGUCAAGGGCCAGGACAGCAAGACCGCCCUUUACUGGUCUGUAGAAAAAGGCAAUGCCACUAUGGUACGAGAUAUCCUUCAGUGUAAUCCGGAUACAGAGGCCUGCACCAAGGAUGGGGAGACUCCACUUAUUAAAGCCACCAAGAUGAGAAACAUUGAGAUUGUUGAGCUUCUUCUUGAUAAAGGAGCUAAGGUGUCAGCGGUGGAUAAGAAAGGAGACACAGCCCUGCACAUCGCCAUCAAGGGCCGCAGCAGGAAGCUGGCAGAGCUGCUUCUGAGAAACCCUAAAGAUGGCCGCCUGCUCUACAAACCCAACAAGGAGGGCGAGACGCCAUACAACAUUGACUGCACCCACCAGAAGAGCAUCCUCACCCAGAUCUUUGGAGCCAAACACUUAUCUCCUACGGAGUGUGACGGGGACAUGCUGGGCUAUGACCUGUACAGCAGUGCGUUGGCAGACAUACUGAGCGAGCCCACCAUGCAGCCGCCCAUCUGCGUCGGCCUGUACGCCCAGUGGGGCAGCGGCAAGUCCUUUCUCCUCAAGAAACUGGAGGACGAGAUGAAGACGUUCGCUGGUCAGCAGGUGGAGCCAUUGCUGCAGUUCUCCUGGCUGGUGGUGGUGCUGUCCCUUCUGCUCUGUGGCUCUGUGGCUCUGAUCCUGGGCUUCACUGUUGAUACCAAGCUGGCCGUUGCUGUGGCCCUCAGCUUGCUUGCCCUGCUCUACAUCUUCUUCGUUCUGGUGUAUUUUGGAGGACGAAAAGGGGGUGAGAGCUGGAGCUGGGCGUGGAACAUCAGUACCCGGCUGGCCCGUCACAUCGGCUACCUGGAGCUGCUGCUCAAACUGAUGUUCGUAAACCCACCAGAGCUUCCCGAGCAGACCACCAAAGCCCUGCCUGUCAGGUUUUUAUUCACAGACUAUAACCGCCUGUCGAGUGUGGGUGGGGAAACCUCCAUGGCUGAGAUGAUUGCCACGCUGUCGGACGCCUGUGAAAGAGAGUUUGGCUUCAUGGCCACCAGACUCUUCAGGGUCUUUAAAAAUGACGAGUCACAAGGAAAGAAGUGGAAGAAGACGUGCUGUGUGCCGUCCUUUGUGCUGUUUGCGCUGACCCUGGCCUGUCUGGUGACCGGCAUGGCCCUGCUGGCUAUCUUCAAGGUGGAGCCUUCUAACAUCACUGUGAACGCAGUGCUGGUGGCCAUGGCCAGCGUGGUGGGUCUGGCCCUGCUGCUGAACUGCAGGACCUGGUGGCAGGUUGCUGAUUCUGUGCUGCACUCGCAAAGGAGGAGGCUGCACAGUGCAGCAAACAGCAUGCACAAGCUGAAGAGCGAGGGCUUCAUGAAGGUUCUGAAGUGUGAGGUGGAACUCAUGGCUAAAAUGGCGAAGACCAUCGAUGGCUUUACUCAGAAUCAGACUCGUCUGGUGGUCAUCAUCGACGGCCUGGAUUCCUGUGAGCAGGACAAAGUGCUGCAGAUGCUGGAUACGGUCAGGGUGCUCUUCUCCAAGGGCCCCUUUAUCUCCAUCUUUGCCAGUGACCCCCACAUUAUCAUCAAAGCCAUCAACCAGAACCUGAACAGCGUGCUGCGCGACUCCAACAUCAACGGCCACGACUACAUGCGAAACAUCGUGCACCUGCCCGUCUUCUUGAACAGCCGCGGCCUCAGCACAGCCAAAAAGCUCAGCAUGGCAGCGCCCACCAACGGAGACCUACUCAGCGCUGAGGCGUGGCAUGAAGAAAUGGACAGGAAGUUCCAGUCUCAGAACAGUCUUGGAGAGCAGGCAAAGCAGGGCAGCAAGACUGCUCUGAACCGCAGGGACACAUACCGGCGUCGUCAGAUGCAGCGCACCGUCACGCGUCAGAUGUCCUUUGACCUGACCAAGCUGUUGGUCACUGAGGACUGGUUCAGCGAUAUCAGCCCUCAGACCAUGAGACGACUGCUGAACAUCGUAUCAGUCACAGGUCGUCUUCUCCGAGCCAAUCAGAUCAUCUUUAACUGGGACCGGUUGGCCUCAUGGAUCAACCUGACGGAGGAGUGGCCCUACAGAACCUCCUGGCUCAUCCUCUUCCUCGAGGAGAACGACAUCGUCUCAGAGCAGGUCACGUUGAAGACCAUCUACGAGAGGAUUUCCAAGAACAUUCCAACCACCAAAGACGUGGAGCCCCUCCUGGAGAUUGAUGGAGACAUCCGCAGCUUUGAGGUGUUCCUGUCUUCUAGAACCCCCGUGCUCACCGCCCAUGAUGUAGAGAUGUUCCUGCCCUGCACCGUCAACCUGGACCCCAAACUCCGUGAGAUCAUUGCAGACGUGCGCGAUGCCCGUGAGCAGAUGCACGUCGGAGGAGUGAGCUAUCCCACACUGCCCCUGCAGGAGGCUCCAGCACGGACACACUCAGUGUUUGGUCAGGCGCCGGCAGCCUGCCCCCCCACCGCCUCCUUUCCCACACAGCCCCACAGCAGCUACUUCAGCGGCCUCACCGGCCCACAGCACCCCUUCUACAACCGGCCUUAUUUCCCUCAACAUGUUUAUCAUGUGCCCCGACAUUACCCUGGCAACCCCCUCCAUGCCCCUUCCCGCCCACCCUCCAAACUGGCCUUCCAUAAGGACCUCAGCUCUGGACUAGGUGUUAUCAGAGAAGAUUCCUAUGAGAGAACCCCCUCACCCUCUGUGACAAAGUCUCAGCCCCCCAGAGUGAAGCAGGGCUCUGGAGCUGCCGUACCUCCCGGCCCCCUCAGCUCUCUCAGUAUUGAGGGUGUGUGUGAGAGACUCAGGCAUAUCGACGGGCUGGAUGACAGCAUGCUGGAGCAGUACACCACCACUGUCAAAAAGGCGAACAUCAACGGCCGGGUCCUAUGCCAGUGUAACCUGGAUGAGCUGAGGAAGGAGAUGAACAUGAACUUCGGAGACUGGCAUCUCUUCAAGGCAGUGGUUCUGGAGCAGAGGCAGAUGGAGAGUCAGCUGCUGCAGGACGAGUGUGGAGCAGGCAGUGAGCAGGGCAGCAGCAUCCUGACUCAACCUGAUCCCACCUCCCUCCCCCCUGCAGCCCCACAGGAAGGAGCUCUGCACUACAGCCUCAACCUCAGCUUCGAGGAGCUCAGCACCGCCGGCCUGGAGGAGCCGGUCCGCCAGCCCGUCACCCAGUGGACGGUUGCAAGUCACAGGACUUCCAGCAUGACCAGCCUGAACUCUCAGGAGUCCUCCAACGACAUCAGCAAGCUGACAGACAGACAGCAAGCCGAGUACCGCAGUGCCUACCAGGAGUACAUUUCCCAAAUGGCUCAUGUGGAGCUGGAGAAAUCAGCCCAGACUAUGCUUGGCUCUGAAGACAAGGCCAAAGGUGGAGAUCAGGAGGCCUGCAAGCCCUUUAAGAGAAACCACAAAGCUGGAGACAGCAUGGCAGACUACGCCAAUGCCCAGGACGCUGGCCUGCUCCAUCCCAUCACAGAAGAGGACGAAAAGCCCGAACGGAGCGGAGCUGGCCGCAAAGCAGCCAUAGUCCACGGGCGUUUCCGCAGCGUGCCCUGCCAAGAAGAAGAGGAGGAUUCAGGCCCAGAGGAGACAGAUGCCACCCCUCUGCUCUGGGAAGACCACAGGGCGGCCGGAGAACAGCCGCUCCAGCCGAAAGCUGUAAAAAGCUUCAUCUCAGCAUCCACACUGGACAAGAAGGAGUCUUCAGAUUCAGGCAUGAGGUCCAGCGGGAGCUCCUCGGACCACUCCCUACAAGACGAUGAAGAAGAGGAAGAAGCAAACCUGCCAGAUAAAGCAGAGGCCCAGCAAGAUGGACGUCUGAUCCAGCUGGAGUUAGAUAGCCAGGCGCAUAAGCGUCUGAGCGGCCUUCAGGACCCGUCAGUAGCUCGCAUGUCCAUCUGCUCCGAGGCCCCGUCUGAGGGAAGCCCCCCAGCCAGCAGCCCAGAGGAAAACUGGCCCGUCUCAGCCGUCACCAACCUGAACCGGGCUACCAGCAACGUCCUGCUGAACAACAACAACGUAGACGAAGAGGGCCCGACCGAAAGCACACCGCUCAUCAUCGGACCAGGGACCGCUACAAUGCCCAACCAGAACCUGCUUGGCAGCCGUCUGAUGAGAACAACGUCUGGCGGACGAGACGCCGAGGGAGCUGAAGAACGGGAGAGCGUGCUGUGAAGACGGUCAUUGACCCAUUGAACGUUCUACCCUUCAGAAAAAUCUGAUCAUCAAAUCUAGUUAUCAUCUGCUACACAUACUGUACCAGUCAAAAGUUGGAACAUACAUUAAAUGUAGUGUUUUUUCAUGAUUACUAAAUGCUGACUAAAAGUCAUCCAAGCUAUGAAGAAAACACGUAUGGAAUUAUUUAUCAUCUUGGUAUUUUUUCAGUUUUAUCAGGUAGAGUCACCUGGAAUGGCUUUUAGUUAAUUACUUGAAUUUCUUGCCUUUUAAUGUAAGAAAUGAAAGUCAGUCAAUCCAAAAAAAUUCAAGAACGGAAGUAUCCUUAAGUGCAGUCGCAUCAAAACCAUCAAAACCAUUCUGAUGAAAAUAUCUAUAUUAGACAUCACAUUUUUAAUAAUGUAUUACAAGAAAAAAUUACAAUAUAUAAUAAUAUAAUAAUGUAUUGCGAUAUUGAUAUUUUGUCCCACCCCAUAGUAGUGAUGGAUUGGUGCACAGGAAAGCUGGAGUACUUUCAUUCACUUUUAUUCACAAAAAUAUCAAUAUUUGGUGCCACGUUUUUGAUGAUAUAUCACAAUAUUGAUAUUUUGUCCCAACCUAUAGUAAAUGGAUGGGUUGCUACACAGAAAAGCUGGUGUAGAUAUCAGUUUCAUUGUUCAAAAUAUCAAUAUUUGAGGCCAUGUUUUUGAUAAUGUAUCACAAAAGAAAAACUAUACAAUGUAUCGCAAUAUUGAUAUUUUGUCCCACCCCUUGUAGUGACGGAUAUCUACACAGUAAAAGCUGGUGUGGAUAUCACUUUCAUUCGUAAAAAUAUCCAUAUUUGAGGCCACGUUUUUGAUAAUGUAUCGCAAAAGAAAAUCGAUACAAUAUAUCGCAAUAUUGAUAUUUUGUCCCGCCUCUAGUAGUGAUAGAUUGCUGAACAGUAAAAGCUGGUGUGGAUAUCACUUUCAUUCAUAAAAAUAUCAAUAUUUGAGGCUACGUUUUAGAUAAUGUAUCGCAAAAUAAAAUCGAUUCAAUAUAUCGCAAAAUUGAUAUUUAUUACUUCUGUCCCACCCCUAGUAGUAGUAGUAGAUGGAUUGCUGCACAGAACAGCUGGUGUAGAUAUCAAUUUCAAUGUUUCAUAGUCACACAUAAUCUUAGCACUGAAGGCUAAUCAUUAGAAUUGUAUAGAAUGUGAAUGUAAAAUCUGUAGGCAAAUCUGCAUUUUAUGACAGAUUUUAUGAUUACAUUAAUGACAGAUUCAGUAUAAUAGGUCAGUUAGUGUUUUCGGACAAUCUAAAAAUAGCGUACAGAAAUUUGUCGCGUUUUAGGGAUUAGAAAAGCGUGAAGAGCAGUGAAGUAGAAGUGAGAUUGUAACUGUUUUAUAGGCCGUAAUUAGUAACAGUAAAGCUGUUAUCGUGGUCUCCUCAGUGUAUCAGAACUCUUAAUUAGCAACAGGUUAGUGUGACACUAAACAUGAAUGGGUAGCUCAUUAGUAGACCAUUAUCACAGUGAGGAGGAUAUAAAUGUGUUGGGUGGUGUUGUUGUUGUGAUGUGUAUCCACUUCAGUCUGCUAUUUAUUAAUAAUCAUUUGUGCUGAUCAGUGUUAGUUCCGGUGAAUGAAAAAAAGAAAAGAAAAUAAAAGAAGAGAAAAAAAAAGAAAAAUAUAGAAGCUGCCAGAAACUUGCAUGCUCUGUAAGUGUGGAGGAAAGUUGAUGUUUCCUCAAAAUGCACUGGGUUGCGUUUAAGGAAGUAAUAAACUUUUGUGCAUUUCA